ACAGGUUGUUGUCUCUAAGGUAGCUCAAUGUUCAGCAAAACUGCGAGAGAUUUUUUUAAAAAUUACUAAUACAGCAAAUAACCUAUCACGGUGUUAAACUAAGUGGCUGUUACAGGUUACAUUGUGGAUGAGUCUGCUACAGGUGUAGCUAUGUAUGGAGCUCCAGUGGACUUGUCCUUCAAAAACAUCAGCAGUCUUACAGAUGCAUGGACAGAGGAACCCAACACUAGUCUACGCCUUUGAAGAAAAAAUUCUGAGAUGAAAUAUCUGAGCUGCUCUCUGCGUCUCAAUAACAACAUCAUCACCGACCUUCAUGACCUCCAGAGGACCAUGUCACUUCUGGCUGAGCCGUCACAUCUGGCUUGGCUGGACCUGUCCUUCAACAAAUCACACACAAUAGACCCAGCUUUGUGCGAGCUUCGUGCACUGCGUGUGUUGUACCUUCACGGCAACAACAUUUUUAUUAUGUCAGAGGUGGAUAGGCUGGGAGUCCUUCCACAUCUACACUCUAUCACCUACAUGGAAAUGUCAUAGAACAACAAGACUUACAGGAAUCGUGUGAUUUCUGUUUUGCCUUGGUUAAAGAAUGACUUCAGUGCUGUGACGCGGCAGGAGCGAGUCAUGGCAAAGAUCUGGCAACCACAGCAGCAGAAGCAGUAAGGAGACUCCCCAGUGAUCGCAGCAUUUCAUCUAUUUGGGUUUGUUCGAAUCAUACUUGAACCUGACUGUACUGAGGUCAACAUUUACUGUUGAAUGUAUGUUUGUUGUUACAGCUCUUGGUUGCUUUGCAUUUUCCUUCGUUGUCAUUAACUCUUCUAUACACCAAUCAGCCACAGCAUUAUGACCACUGACAGAUGAAGUGAAUAAUAACAUCAUCUUGUUAUAAUGCAAUGUUCUGCUGGGAAACCUUGAGUCCUGAAAUUCAUGUGGAUGCUUGACAUGUACCAUCCACCUAAACAUUGCAAGGCAAGUAACCCCCCAACCCCAUCGGCAACAGCAGUCCUGAUGCCAGUUGCCACCCUCAGCAGGACAAUUCACCCCCAACACACCGCAAAAACUGCUCAGGAGUGGCCCAGGGAACAUGACAGAGCUAAGGUGUUCCUCAGGGUUCCACACUCCCCAGAUCCAAAUCUUAUUGAGCAUCUGUGGGAUGUGCCAGGAUAAGCCUGAUCUAGGUAGGUCCCACAGUGCAACCCACAGAACCCACAGAAUUCACUGUCACCGUCCCCAGAGCUCCUGUGUCCAUGCCCCACCGGGUAGAGGAGUUUCACUAGCAUAAAGGGAACCAACACCAAUAUUAGACAGGUGGUUAUAAUAAUGUUAUGCCUGAUGGGUUGAUGUAAAUUGGUAUGUGCCCUCGUCUCUUUCCUUGUGACUGACUGAACCACAGCCCAGUCCUGUGCUCCAACUGGGCUGCAGAAAUCACGACACUAGGUUGAAUGUGCACCUUAUAUCUAUCAGUCAUGGCAGCUGUCAUGUAAUGUUAGCAGAUGAUUUCUGUGCCUCUCAUUGUCCUUGUGUAAUUCUGGUUGUUCCUUGUUGCUAUUCUCAUGCCACCUACCAGUGAUGUAAGUGGCUGAGAGCUUUGUUGAUUAAUGUACUCGUUUCACUCCUUAGAGUUCUAUUAUUAGGUACAUUAGGAGCAGGGGAGCUGCUCCCUUAAUUGCCACAAGUUUCAUUGAUUUAUUUGUAGUUACUUAGCAAGUCGGCACACUCUUAACCCUGAUUUUAUUUCUUUCAUUGAUUAAGCAACAGCCACAGGCCUUGUUUUUCCUGUGCAUUUUUGCCUCCUUUGCUUGUAAAUUCUAAUAUUAAGCAAAAAAUGAUAAUAAAAGUUAUAACCAGAAACAGGUUUUAUGUUGCAGCCAAUGAGGCCUGAACAGAGCUGGAUGUAACAUUUGCAUGUGUAGUGAAAAGUUGUUUUGACCAAUAUUUGGAAAAAGAAGUUGUCAGUGAUUUAGCCAUGCAAAUAAUUGUAUUGUUUUGACUCCUCUACCCCUGCAGGGUGAGCCACCGAGUAUUAUGACUAAAACAAUCAUUGUUAAAUGUUAAAUUGCUUAGAAGUUUAAAUCAUUUGAAAUAGGUUCAAUAAAAUCAGUUGACCAAAUAAUUGUUAAAAAAAGGUUACUUACACUCAAGCUUUGAUAAGGCAGACGUAGAAAUAUUGAUUUUUUAUUUGCGGACUGGCUUGAUGAUGGAAC